GAUGCAGUUCACGAUCUUCUUCUGGAUGUGAUCACAUGGGUUGGAAUUUUGCUGUCCCUUGUUUGUCUCCUGAUUUGCAUCUUCACAUUUUGCUUUUUCCGCGGCCUCCAGAGUGACCGUAACACCAUCCACAAGAACCUUUGCAUCAGUCUCUUUGUAGCAGAGCUACUCUUCCUGAUUGGGAUCAACCGAACUGAUCAACCUAUUGCCUGUGCUGUUUUUGCUGCCCUGUUGCAUUUCUUCUUCUUGGCUGCCUUCACCUGGAUGUUCCUGGAGGGCGUGCAACUCUAUAUCAUGCUGGUGGAGGUUUUUGAGAGUGAACACUCACGUAGGAAAUACUUUUAUCUGGUCGGCUAUGGGAUGCCUGCUCUCAUUGUGGCUGUGUCAGCUGCAGUAGACUACAGGAGUUAUGGAACAGAUAAAGUAUGUUGGCUACGACUUGACACCUACUUCAUUUGGAGUUUUAUAGGACCAGCGACCUUGAUAAUUAUGCUUAAUGUAAUCUUCCUUGGGAUUGCUUUAUAUAAAAUGUUUCAUCAUACUGCCAUACUGAAACCUGAAUCAGGCUGUCUUGAUAAUAUCAACUAUGAGGAUAACAGACCCUUCAUCAAGUCAUGGGUUAUAGGUGCAAUAGCUCUUCUCUGCUUAUUAGGAUUGACCUGGGCCUUUGGACUCAUGUAUAUUAAUGAAAGCACAGUCAUCAUGGCGUAUCUCUUCACCAUUUUCAAUUCUCUACAGGGAAUGUUUAUAUUCAUUUUCCAUUGUGUCCUACAGAAGAAGGUACGAAAAGAGUAUGGAAAAUGCCUCCGAACGCAUUGCUGUAGCGGCAAAAGUACAGAGAGUUCCAUUGGUUCAGGGAAAACAUCUGGUUCUCGAACUCCUGGACGCUACUCUACAGGCUCACAGAGUCGAAUUCGUAGAAUGUGGAAUGACACGGUCCGAAAGCAAUCAGAGUCUUCCUUUAUUACUGGAGAUAUAAACAGUUCAGCGUCACUCAACAGAGAGCCCUACAGAGAGACAAAGGGGCUUCUGAACAAUGCCAGGGAUACAAGUGUCAUGGAUACUCUACCACUGAAUGGUAACCAUGGCAAUAGUUACAGCAUUGCCAGCGGUGAAUACCUGAGCAACUGUGUGCAAAUCAUAGACCGUGGCUAUAACCAUAACGAGACCGCCCUAGAGAAAAAGAUUCUGAAGGAACUCACUUCCAACUACAUCCCUUCUUAUCUGAACAACCACGAGCGCUCCAGCGAACAGAACAGGAACCUGAUGAACAAGCUGGUGAAUAACCUCGGCAGUGGGAGUGAAGAUGAUGCCAUUGUCCUAGAUGACGCCACCUCCUUUAACCACGAGGAGAGUUUGGGCCUGGAACUCAUUCAUGAGGAAUCCGAUGCUCCCUUGCUGCCCCCAAGAGUUUACUCCACAGAGAACCACCAGCCACACCAUUAUACCAGAAGGCGGAUCCCCCAAGACCACAGUGAGAGCUUUUUCCCUUUGCUAACCAACGAGCACACAGAAGAUCUCCAGUCACCCCACAGGGACUCUCUCUAUACCAGCAUGCCAGCACUGGCUGGUGUGGCCGCCACAGAGAGUGUCACCACCAGCACCCAGACCGAACCCCCAGCGGCCAAAUGUGGUGAUGCCGAAGAUGUUUACUACAAAAGCAUGCCAAACCUAGGCUCCAGAAACCACGUCCAUCAGCUGCACACUUACUACCAGCUAGGGCGCGGCAGCAGUGAUGGCUUUAUAGUUCCUCCAAACAAAGAUGGGACCCCUCCGGAGGGAAGUUCAAAAGGACCUGCUCAUUUGGUCACCAGUCUAUAGAAGAUGACACCGAAAUGUAAAUCAACAGAACUGCUAACACCUUGUUGACUGUUCUGAGUCGAUAUAAGCAGUGGUAAUAAUGUGUGUACUCCUAAAUCUUUAUGCUGUUCUCUAAAGACAAACACAAACUCUCAGACUUUUUUUUUAAUGGGAUUUUUAGGUCAGCCCAGGGGAGAAAGAUAACUGCUGAAAUUCCUCUGUGCCCCGUCUUUUCGUGUCCUUUCCCCUUCAGAUGGAGACUUCAUUAUGUUAAUGAACAAGAUAUGAAGAAAAUGGCACUCAUUGUGGCCUUGUUGAAUUAUGUUGUGUUUGUUUUAACAUCUCUGAUGCUCUGUUACUAUAAUUACAAGGACCUGCUUUUUCAAAGGCCAGAACAGUUGUUUGGAAUUAGUAACAAUGCUGCAUCUAGAUUGGAGUGCUGCACAAACAAACAUAAAAGCAAAACUGUAUCCUAUAGUGGUUUUGGGUCACUCACAACCUGAAUUCACCACAGCUGGGAUAGCUGUGGAAAACAAAAUAAAACAACAAAAUUAAUAAUGAAACGGAGGGGGAUUCUAGAAUUAUAUGCUAAAUGCAUAUUUUAUGAUUUGCUGUAUUAACUGAUGAUAAAACUAAUGGCAGAAAAAAAGUUGAACAAUUUCUAUGUAAUGUACAGAUACUAGCAUUGCACAUAUAGUCUGCUUUCUGUUCCUCCAGAAUUUGAGUCCUGUUAAUGUAGUGGAAAAAAAAAAAAAGAAAUUUUCUUUUUCUUUUGUGCUGGUUGUGCAAGUUUGUCUACCAGUAAGAGAGCAAAGUUUCCUUCCUUUCUUCUUUCUUUCUUCAUUUUCUUUUUCCUUUGUUUUCCUUUCUUUCUUUUUUCUUUGCCUUUUUUUCUUUAAAGUUUAGCCUGGCAAAAAAUAAAUAAAUAAAUAAAUAAAUAAAACUAUCACUUUAUAAGAAUCAUUUUCUAGUAAUGCAAACAAAUUAUUUUUUACAAAAAAUAAAAUAAAAUAAAUAAAAUUAGACUUCCUUCCCUCACUAUAUAUCUUUAUGCAGUCAGAAUAUUUCCAGCAGCGUUUUUGCAAAUUAGAGCAGGACAAACUUUUAAGUUUACAGGGCACAUCUGUUGUCAUGCAAAGCAUAUUGGCAAGCAGCUCAUCACCAAGACAGUAGCUAUGAUUCUAGAAGUCAAGAGGUGUCUAUAGAACUAGUGGGGCUUCUGCAUGUGAAAAACGGUAUUUCAUAGACGUUAAAGUGCUAAAUGCUCAGUCUGAUCCCCAAGUGGGCACCUGCACUACCAAUUUUUAGAGGAAAUUCACUCCCUCGUAGUAGGAAUUGAAAGGUCAAAUUAUUUUGAAGUGAUUUUUUAAAAAAGUCUUCUGUUUAUUAACAGGAAAAUUUAUUUAUUUGACAGGAUUUUAAGUAAUGUAGGAAUACAAGUGGUAAAUUAGCAGCACAUAUAAUUUUUUUUAAAUUUAUGAUCCAUUUUGUAUGGUCUCAAAGUUGGAUGACCUCAUUACUAAUAUUUGUUGUAAAAGUGAAACUUGUUUGCCAACCAAUAAACAACUGAUUGAGAUUUAGAAGAUAUUGUAUUGAUGUAUGUACUAUAUGAUUAAUUAUUCUUUUCAUUUUUCUCGUCUUUCAUUUCUUCUGUUUUCAAUAUAUAAACUUUGCUAAUCCUCUGUGACCCAAAUGAGCCAUGCAAAAGAAAUCAAUCUGCCUAGAUGAAUAACCUAAGCACAAAAUUAUACAGUUUUUGCAGACAAAGUAAACCAGAAAAAUGGGAUGGGUAUGUUUACAUUGGCUGAAAUAAGAUGCAUAACUUACUUUCAAGCAGGUUAACAUAUGUGUUACUCUUUUCUUAUUUAUAAACCAGCUGCAGUCACUGUGCUUAUUUUAAAAGCCAGAUUCAAUCACAGAUAUAAAUAUUGAAUUUGGUGUGGGGGAGUAAUAUUUUUUCCUCCUUUGUAAAAGACUUAGGAAAUAUAAAUUUACUCAAUUGACCAAAAGUUGCAGGAAUCAUGGCCAUUUUAUAAAGAUAGCAUAAGACAUUUUUUGUGGUGAUUUUUUUUCUUAGGGGGGAAAUGGGAGGAAAAAAAUAUCCUUUCAAAGAAACUUCCUAGAUCUUUAAUUACUGCAAAUCUUUUGCAGCAAUGUCCAAGCAUGAAAACUUUAUUAGGGCAAAGCUAAAACAAAUUGCAAAAUAAUAAUUUAUCUUGUAAUGUGUUUUAUCUUGGGAUUUUCUUUUCUGAAAAUCUAAACACCACUUAUCUACAAAUGAAUAUCUUCAAUCAAAAUAAGGACUAGUUUAGAGAAUGGACAGUAAUCAAUAUACAGUUUAAAGAUAUGUGACAAAAAAUUUUUGUACUGGGCCGGAGAACAUCAUAACCUUCUUAUCUUCUCAAAAUAUUUUAUGUAUCAUUUCUUUUUAGUCGAUUAACAUGUAUUUUUUAAAUCUACAGAUUGUAUUUCAGUUGGAGGAGAACCACAAGCUUUAAUGGUAAUGAGGUUUUCUUACACCACACUGUGGCAAUAUUAGCACCUGAAAGGCAUUUAAUUCACUAAUAUGUAGAACACAUUUGACAAUAAAAGAAUCCUUUUUAGACCCAUUUAAGGUACCUUCAGAAACACAAAUGUGGUCUUUGGAUUAUACACACCUGUACUUGUUUUGCCAAUCAAACAGUGAUUUAUGUAAAAGCAACUCCAUCAGUAAGAAGUUAGUUUCACAGAAAAAUGGGGAAACUACCUCAAUUCAGCUUGCUGAUUUUCUAAUAUUGCUACCUCCCUGCCCAUUAUUUUUGUGUUUCAUUAUAUGGAAAUUUGAAGCAGGUAGCCUCCCAAGUUCUGCACAGGCCAAGUUGAAGAAAGAUCACUUGAAUAUAUAAACUGGUAACGGAAGAUCAUUCAGAACUCUCAAUUCCUACCAAGCUCUUGCAUCAAGUUAAAAGGGUAAGAUCUUUGAACUCUCAUACAUCAUAACUGGUGUGCUUUCGGAGAGACUUCAGAUCUCAAAAGAUUUUUACAGGGAGAGGUUGUUCUCCCAAGUUAUAUCUAACUAUAAUGAAAAAUAAGUGGAUAAAGGAGUUAAUUAUACAUACAUUCCAAUAUGUAUAUAUCUAACAAGUAUUCAUUUAGUCCUGUUUACACUAGCAAGGGUUGAAUUCCUGAACUUGAAUUUUUUUCCUUCACAUACAUUUUCAUGUAGAGCUAUUAAUUAACUAAUUAACAAUUUUUAAAUUUUUCUUCUACCACCUUUUGACUCCAUUUUUUAAUACCCUAUGACAUUUGUGAUCUACUUAUCUUCAUAUUUUUAUGUAUUUAUCUGAUUUUCCAGCAAAAAAAAGACUUCCAUCAAACAGAUACACUAUGCAUGCAUAAUACAUUUUUUAACCAGCUGGAAGUAAAACAAAACAAACAAUUACUUCCCCAUAAAACAUUUUACUCUUGGGAUUUUCUUUCUUUUUGUCUAGUUCACACAAUAUUUUAUCAGGACACUAAUGUACCUCAGGUUUAGUUGAUUCUGAAACUGAUGAAUUGCUAUGCAGCUUUUGUUCCUAAUUGAUAAUAUUUGUGACAAAAUUGAAAUUUUGUGAAGGAGAAAUAGGUUACAAUUCCAAUUAAAUUUUAUGGGCAACCCUCCUUAUUUCCACUACAUUAUAAUUAAACACACUGAAGGUGAAUAAUUAAUUACUAUGCUAAAAUAAUCAUGAUUAUCAAGGUAGGCAUAUUAGGGAAUUAGUUACAUUUAUAAAGGACCCACAUAAUUAAUUUUAGGCAAUAUCUUUAGCUUUUUCCUCCCACACAUGUUCAAAUGCCACUGACUAGUUUGCUUACUCUAAAGAAUGACAUUUAAACUUUGACUUUCUGUAUUACUUUAGAGACCAAAAAGAAGAGCAAAAUAGUUUCUAGAUUGCACAAAGAUCAAUCCCAAAUUAACCUAUAAUCGUCCCCUACUACUGACAGAAUAAAUAACGUUUGAAGUUGUCCAUCAGUACUAUACUAAAGUGCUACUGCUUCAUAUACUUUUCCGCCAAGAUGGGGUCUAGCUCUGUCACUCAGGCUGGAGUGCAGUGACUCCAUUGUGACUGACUGCAACCUCAGACUCCAGGGUUUAAGUGAUCCUGCAGCCUCAGCCUCCCAAGUAGCUGAUAGCCUCAAGCCACGGCUCCAAGCCUGGAGGUUUUUUGGAAAAAAACAAACACUACAGAACUACAAUGCCUAUUAAUUCAAAUUCAGAGAGUGAAAAAAAAGAACCCAAACCCUAAUUUGGUUUGAGCAAAUCUGAAGAUAUUAGCACGAAUGUCCUUUAGUCUCUAACAAGCAUAUGAGAUAAAAUAACAAUAUAGCUGAACUUCUCAGUAUAUUGCACAUUGUUAGUAAUUCAUAAUUUUUUAACUUACCACAUGAAGAAUUACUAUGCAUUCCUAAAUAAUACUUUAAAGAUAUGUUAGAUUUCUGCACAUCAUUAAAUUAGUUCGGAAGAUGGAGUUACAAAACAAAGUAGCAACAUUGUAAAAUAGCUUAUGGAAGCAUUUUUGUGCAAAUGGAUUUUUACAUAAGAAAUUUCUUUGAGCUCAUAAAGUAUAUUCAAUGGAUCCCAAUAGUAAAUUGAAUUCUGUAAUCAGCAAAUAUGUUCUUCUUAAACCAUCUGAAAAUAUUAUUAAACAUUUAAAUUUUCAUUUGCAGACUAGUAGAAAUUAAGAAGUGGUGGUAGCUGCUGCUUUCCUGAUUAGUCCAUAAGAGGACAUUUUCCUAUUUACUAAUUAACCCUGAUUACUUCCUCUUUGGUUUAGAAAGGAAAUCAAUCUUUAACUUUCACCUGUACACAUACACUCUGAUUCCUUUUAUGACUUGCAGAGAAAAUGACUUUUUUAUACUACUACAAACUGUGAGUUUUCCAUUAAAAGGCAGUUAAUAUGGUUUUGCAUA